AUGGCGCACGCGCACAGCGUCCCUUCCCUUCCCCCGCAGGUAGCGCGCGCCCCCCUCUCCGCCGCGGCAGGCACGCGCCUUUCCCGGUCCCGGGCGCGGCCCCGCGGGCUCGGAGGCACUGCCCCCCCCCCGCGGGCUCGGAGGGACCGCCCCCCGCGGGCUCGGCGGCACUGCCCCCCCCGCGGGCUCGGCGGCAAUGCCCCCCCCGCGGGCUCGGAGGCACAUGGCCCCCCCCCCCCCGCGGGCUCGGAGGCACUGCCCCCCCCCCCCCGCGGGCUCGGAGGCACUGCCCCCCCCCCCCCCGCGGGCUCGGACGGCACUGCCCCCCCCCUCCCCCGCGGGCCUCGGAGGCACUGCCCCCCCCCCCCCGCGGGCUCGGAGGCACUGUCCCCCCGCGGGCUCGGAGGCACUGUCCCCCCGCGGGCUCGGAGGCACUGCCCCCCGCGGGCUCGGAGUCAAUGCCCCCCGCGGGCUCGGAGGCACUGCCCCCCGCGGGCGGUUCCCCAAACGUCGGGCACAGAACGCCGGCUGCCAGCGCGGCCGCCGCCCGCCCCCCGGGCUCCCCUCACCCCCGCCGCGCCGCGCGCGGGCGGCGCUUCCCACAGGCCUGGGAAACCAGGUCAGGUGCGACAGGAUGUGCGCCGGGGCGCUCCCGAGCCAGCGGAGAGGCAGAGGCAGGCUCAGGCUCGGGCUCAGGCUCCUGCGGACGGUGCCAGGGCGUGCGGGGAGCCUGAGCGCAGCCGGCACGGCCCGGGGGCGGGAAGGCACGAGGUGACGAGAAGACACGUUCGGUGCCAUCCUCUCCUCAGAUUAAUGCUGCUGAAGCAAACCCCGGCUCACAAAAUGAAUUCUCCCGGAGUCAGGGGAGAAUGUUAA